AUGUCACCACUGAUGGCAGAAAGGAUGGACAGUAUGGACUGCAGAAAUGAGAGAGUGAUGGGUAUAACGUUAACUAUAGAUCGGACAAAAAUUAGCAUUAUCCAAACAUAUGCUCCACAACAGGGCAGAAGUCUGAGGGAGAAAGAGCAGUUUUAUGAAACUCUACAGGAAAUGACAGAAACAAUAAGACAUCACGAGAAUGUCAUUGUCAUGGGAGACAUGAAUGGACAUGUCGGACAGAAUAGAGAUGGAGUAGAGCACGUCAUCGGAGAGUUUAGCAUUGGCGAAAGGAACCAGGAGGGAGAAAGAAUAAUAGAUUAUUGUGUGAUGAAUAACAUGUCCAUGAUGAAUACUUAUUAUAAACAUCAGGAGAGCCAUAAAUGGACAUGGUAUCGGUGGAAUGAAGCACAACAAGGAUAUACUGAGAGGUCAAUGAUUGACCUGUUUCUCACCAACAAGAAAAAUAUAUUUAAAGAUGUUAGGACCAUACCAUCUGUGUCCUUAGACUCUGACCACAGGUUGGUGGUGGCUAAAUUAAAAAUUGUAAAACCAAAGGAAAAAGUCAAGAAAAAGCAAAAGAGAUUCAAACUGGAAAACCUCAAGGACGAAGAGAAGAAGCAAGCACUACGGCAACUGGAAGAACAAGGAGAGAACCCAAAUGAGAUCAGUACAGAGGAAGUGAAGGAGGCACUAAAGAAGAUGAGAAGCGUCAAAGCCCCGGGGGACGACGAGCUCCCUAUAGAGCUAUUUAAAGCUGCUGGGGAAGAAUGUGUAGAGUGGAUGAGUAUAGUUGAGAAAAGAUUAAGAACCUGUGUCGAGGAGAAACUAGGAAUAUGGCAGUAUGGUUUCAGGCCCAAUAGGAACACGACAGAUCUAGUGUUCACUUUAAAGAUGAUAAUGGAGAAGAGUUGGGAGUGGAGCAUUGAUAAAUAUGUGGCUUUUAUAGAUCUGGAAAAAGCCUUUGAUAGAAUUAGAAGAGAUUGCUUGUGGAGAGUCUUACAACAUCAAGACUACGGCAUAAACUCUAAACUGAUACGAGUAUUUAAGAGUAUAAGAACACGGAGAGCAGAGUCAAGAACAGAGAGCUGGAGAGUGAAUGGUUUAGCAUUAAGACAGGAGUGA